AUGCAGCCAUAUGCUCCAAACAGGACCCAGGUGACAGAGUUUGUCAUGGUGGGCUUCACUGGGGUCCAGGAAACACGGGUCCUCUUCUUCCUCCUCUUCCUCACCAUGUACUUGUUCACCUUGUUGGAGAACUUGGCCAUCAUCUUGGUGGUAUGUCUGGACCACCGGCUGCAGAGACCUAUGUACUUCUUCCUGACACACUUGUCUUGCCUUGAAAUCUUGUAUACCUCAGUCACCGUGCCCAAGAUGCUGGCUGGCUUUAUUGGGGCGGAUGGGGGCAAGACCAUCUCGUAUGCCGGCUGCCUGUCUCAACUCUUCAUCUUUACCUUCCUUGGAGCAACAGAGUGCUUCCUGCUGGCCGCCAUGGCCUAUGACCGCUACGUGGCCAUUUGCAUGCCUCUCCGCUACGGGGCCUUGGUGUCCUGGGGCACCUGCGUGCGCCUGGCAGCUGCGUGCUGGCUGAUGGGCUUUCUCACCCCCGUGUUGCCCAUCUACCUCAUGUCCCAGCUGAUAUUUUGUGGUCCCAAUGUUGUUGACCAUUUCUUCUGCGACGCCUCUCCUCUACUAGCCCUGUCGUGCUCAGACGUCACCCUCAAGGAGACGGCGGAUUUCCUCGUUUCUUUGGCUGUCCUCCUGGUCUCCUCCACGGUCAUUGCUGUGUCCUACGGCAACAUUGUCUGGAUGCUGCUACACAUGAGGUCAGCUACGGAGCGCCGGAAGGCCUUCUCCACGUGUGCGGCUCAUCUGACUGUGGUGAGCAUCUUCUACGGCACGCUCUUCUUUAUGUACGUCCGCACCAAGGUGGCCUCGUCCAUCAACUUCAACAAGGUGAUUUCUGUCUUCUACUCCAUCGUCACGCCUAUGCUCAAUCCUCUCAUCUACAGUCUUCGGAAUAAAGAGGUGAAGGGCGCCCUGGUCCGGACCUUUUCCCUCAAGUGUUGGAAGAAGCAAUGA